AUGUCGUCACCUAAAAAUGCGCACCUGGAUAUGCCGGGUUUCAAUUUGCCUUUGAAUACGCCUGCUGAAAGUAAGUUCAAGGAAGAUGAGCAGGCAUCAAGCUAUUGGCUGACCAUUUUCCUGUUCAGUUUCCUGGUCACGCGGCGUGAGAUUCUCAUGAUGCGGGUGAUGAAUUCCAUUACGGACAAGCCCGAAUGGGAACGAAAGGUCUUUGACAAGGAAAUUACGUCCAAGUGGCGUGAGGAGGUUGUCCAGAGUGAGCAGGAUAUUACGCCAAAGAUGAUGGAUUUUAUCAUCAAGGAACUUCAGUGGAAAUCCACUGUCAUGAAAGAGACAGGAUUCGUACGUGUCUUUGAUGCUGGUGUUGUCAAAUCCGAUACAGCCAUCUCCAAAGACCUGCAGAAUGAAUUAAAGCAGGCCGUCAUUCCUCUGGAAGACAUUCCAGAAGCUAAAAAGGAUUACCACCCUGGUUCCGAUGAGAAGGUUGUUAAUCUGGUGCAUCCUUCAUUGUUCCCGGUUAUCUAUGGUAUAUCCCGUGUUCUUCCGAACCGAAUCAUUGGCCUCGAAGACUCUCUAUCCAGCAUUGGACAAGGGGAAUUGCUACCAGUACCUUCUAAAAAAGAAGUGAGCUCAGGUGACACCACAAUACGCCGCUACUACUACCAGAAAGUAAUCCCACAUUAUAGUCCAAAGUUUCAAUGGCUUCCGUGUGACGUGGAACUUACCGAGGGCGGGGGAACUCAAAUCGUCUCUUAUAUCAACAAUGUCCAUCCGUUCAAAAAUCGUGCGCUAUAUAAAGCGAUCGAGGGAAUUAUCGCACAAACAAUCCCGCUGUGGAACCAAAGCUUGGCCGAAAACACCUUUAGCGGAGAGCGGAUCCAAUAUACCGAGGUUGAGUAUGGAGAACAUCCAGAGCCAGAGCCAGUCCACCCUAAAAAGAAGAGCAAGCAGGGCGAAAAAGAACAGCAUGAUGGUGAAGAGGAGGAGUUUGACGAAGCAGCAUUUCGGGAGCGCUGUGAAGCUUGGAGAGCUUCUCAUCCCAUCAUUCUCCCAGAGCCGGAGGAUUUUGAAGGUUAUAAAAAACGGCAAGGAGAAAAGGCCGACCUGCUGGGCCAAUUCCCUCGUAAAAGACUACAGAUCAUUGUCAAGCUCGCCAACAUUGAACUGACACCCGAACACCCGGAAUAUGAAGGAGGCAGCUGGCGUAUUGAGGGGCAGCUAAAUGAGCGCAUUGCCGCGUCAGCGAUAUACUACUACGACAGUGAGAACAUCACGCCCAGCAGUCUUGCUUUCCGUCAGCAUGGAACAUACGAUUUUACGGACUUCGACUACCCACAAGGCCGCUACGAAUUUUUUCAAGCGGUCUAUGGCUUUGAUGAUCCCGUCACCAGGUACUCGAACGUCAAUGUGACUCAGGAACUUGGCAGUGUGACAUGUAAAGAAGGCCGUCUACUCACGUUUCCCAACUCACUUCAGCAUCGGGUCACCUCUUUUUCGCUUUCCGAUCGAACCAAGCCAGGUCAUCGCAAGAUGCUUGCACUUUUUCUCAUUGACCCGCAUCGACGAGUCAUCUCGUCCGCAAACGUGCCACCGCAGAGGGAGGAUUGGGGCCGAGAGAUGCAGGAAGUCUUGCACAGAGAGCUUUCAGAACGACUUCCGCCAGAGCUAGAAUAUACGGUUACCGGAGACAUUACUCAGUAUCUAAUGACAAUGGACGAGGCGAAAAAUUACCGGUUGGAGCUGAUGGCUGAACGGAGUCUCCUGUCUGAGGCACACAAUGAGAAGUUUGAAAUUGGGGAGUUCAACCUCAUCUAG